AUGAGACACAGCUUGAAAUAUUUUGAUAAGAUGAGAUGCUUGCGGAAACGAUCAGCAGUGUCAUUCUUAGGAGUCCUUGUCAUUUGCUUGCUGUUCAUGAACUUGUACAUUGAAGAUGGGUAUGUUUUGGAAGGGGACAAGCAAUUAAUCAGAGAAACAGCCACGCACCAGCUCAACCCAGAGCGCUAUGUUCACACUUUUAAAGAUUUGUCUAAUUUCUCAGGAUCUAUAAACAUUUCCUAUCGCUACCUAGCUGGCACGCCUUUGCCAAGGAAAAGGUAUCUUACAAUUGGGCUAUCCUCUGUGAAACGGAAAAAGGGAAACUACUUGCUCGAGACCAUCAAGUCCAUAUUUGAGCAGUCAAGUUAUGAGGAACUCAAAGAAAUCGCAGUGGUAGUGCAGCUGGCAGAUUUUGACUCAGCCUGGUGUGAAGGGAUGGUCCAGGAUAUUUCACAGAAAUUUGCACAUCACAUAAUUGCGGGCAGAUUAAUAGUUAUUCACGUCCCUGAAGAAUAUUAUCCUGUACUGGAUGGCCUCAAGAGAAAUUACAAUGACCCAGAGGACCGUGUGAAGUUUCGAUCCAAACAAAAUGUAGAUUAUGCUUUCCUUCUUAACUUCUGUGCUAAUCUUUCUGACUACUAUGUGAUGUUAGAAGAUGACGUUCGCUGCUCAAAGAAUUUUUUGACUGCUGUUAAGAAAGUAAUUACCUCACGAGAAGGAUCCUACUGGGUGACUUUGGAAUUCUCCAAACUGGGGUACAUUGGAAAGCUUUACCAUUCCCAUGACCUCCCACGCCUGGCCCAUUUUUUGUUGAUGUUCUACCAAGAAAUGCCUUGCGAUUGGCUGCUCAUCCACUUUCGUGGGCUGUUAGCUCAGAAGGAAGUGAUACGUUUUAAGCCAUCUCUUUUCCAGCACAUGGGAUACUACUCGUCUUACAAAGGAGCUGAAAACAAGCUAAAGGAUGAUGAUUUUGAAGAGGAAUCUUUUGAUAUCCCUGACAACCCACCUGCAAACUUGCACACCAACAUGAAUGUAUUUGAAAACUAUGAGGCAAGCAAGGCUUACAGCAGCAUUGAUGAGUACUUCUGGGGCAAAGCUCCUUCUACAGGAGACUUCUAUGGGAUUGUAUUUGAAAAGCCCAUUAAAAUCAAUAAAAUUAAAGUUGUCACUGGAACUGAAGACCGGCAAAAUGACAUUUUGCAUCAUGGGGCCCUGGAAGUAGGAGAAAAGAUCGUAGGGAGUAAAAAAGGGAGACAGUGUACUACUUACUUGAGACUAGGGGAAUUCAAAAAUGGGAAUUUUGAAAUAACAGAUGUAGAGCACAAAGUUCUGUUUGAUAUUAACUGCAUGAGAAUACUUGUUACCAAAAGUCAAAAAGAAUGGCUGAUCAUUAGGAGCAUUAGCGUCUGGACUUCUCAAAUGCCAAAUCAAUAA